AUGAACCGCCUGGCGUACUUCCUGCUUUCCCUUCCCCUUCUCUUCACCCUUCUCGGUGGCGUCCAAGCUGGACCCGCCUGCGCUCGCCGCAGCCAGGGCUCCGAUUCGUGCAUCAAAGCCUGUGCAGACAAGUGGGGAUGGCCUGGUUACGCUAUGGGCACCGAUCGCUGGGGUUCCGUUCUGACCAAGACUGCCUCCUCCACGGAGGCCCUCACUGCUGCUGUCACCAAGGCUUGCCGCGUUCGCCCAUCUAGUUCUGCUAACUCGUCCUCUGUUGCCGCCACCUCCACUGAGGUAUUGGCGCAACCUACGGGUGUCCCCGUCAACGCUCAGGGCUCUGCUUCCGUUUCUUCUGUUAUCUCGGUCUCGAGUGUGGUCAGCUCGUCUCUCAACGUCAGCAUAUCAACUAGCACCAAGGCCUCCUCCACCAUCUCGAAGCCCGCCGCUUUCACCGCCUCCUCUGCUAAGCCGUUGACUCUCUCCUCCUUCGCGGCGCCGUCCCCAAGCACGCACUCUACGACCUCCGUCGAGCCAACCACCACUCACACCACCCCGCACACUACUAGCACUCCUCGCACUACCAGCACUCCCCCAGCGCCCGAGCCGACUGUUGUGAAGACGACAUCGAGCUCGAAGGCCCCGCAGCCGACAACCUCCGCCAACUCUGGCAGCAACAGCAGUGGCAACGGCAACGGCAACAGCGGCAGCACCAGCAGCGGUGAUGGCGCCACUUCUCAGAGUGACAUCAACGCGUAUCUCACUGCGCACAACUCGAUCCGGGCACAGCACGGCGCUGCGCCUUUGACCUGGAGCGACUCGCUUGCUGCCGCCGCCCAGACCUGGGCGAACAAGUGUGUCUUCAAGCACUCCGGUGGAACCCUUGGUCCCUUCGGAGAGAACCUGGCCGCCGGUACUGGUAGCUCGUACGACAUCGCCGCAGCUGUCAAGUCCUGGACCGAUGAAGUUUCCGAGUACGACCCCAACAACCCGGUGCCCUCCCACUUCACCCAGGUCGUGUGGAAGGGCAGCACUCAGGUUGGUUGCGCCGUUCAGGAAUGCUCUGGCAUCUUUGCUGCCAGCUUUGGCCUUGCCAAGUUCUUCGUGUGCGAGUACUCCCCCCAGGGCAAUAUCAUCGGUGAAUUCCCGCAAAACGUACAAGUCUGA